CUGCAGAGAAGUGUGGGCUGGGUUAAACUGGUACUUAAAAAGAAGCUCGCUUUGGCUUCUGUGCAUUUCACCAGCAGUCAGGCUGGGAAGAUUAAGGAGGGAGCAGUGAAGGAGUAGAUGAGACAACAGCUCCAGGGGGAAGGUGUGCUCUCACUUCAUUGGAGCAAGUGUAUUUUUAGCCCUUCCCUCCCAACUCUUUCACAUUGAGUUUUUCUCUUCCCCUCUUUCUUUGGUGGGAGCUAGCCAUGGGCACUGGUGUGGACAGGUUUCUGUGGUCUCUGCUGCUGCUGCUGCCAGCGCUGGGACUCUCUGUGGCUCUGCCAGCGAGCUGGCUGCCAGGAGAAUAUACAAAUACCACGGCCGAUGCACUGAGGUUCCUCAAUGACUACAACAGUACUGCUGAGGAGGUGUUUUUCUACAGCGUCUCUGCCAGCUGGAACUACAACACCAACAUAACUGACCACAACUCCGUGCUUCAGGUAAAUGCAUCCCUUGAUGAGCAGGCAUUCGCCGAAGCCUGGGGGUCAAAGGCCAAGCAGGUCUUCUCUCACGAACUCCUCAACUCUCUCCCCGACCCUAAAGACAAGAAACUGAUGCAGAAAAUCAUGGUGCUGGGACCUGCCAACCUGCCUCAGGAAGAAAGACAGGAGUAUAACACCAUCCUAAGCACCAUGGACAAUAUUUAUUCAACAGCCAAGGUGCAUCCACAGCCAAACAUAAGCUGGAGCCUGGAACCCCAUCUCACAGAGAUCAUGGCCACCUCCAGGAGCUACAAGAGACUGCUGUAUGUCUGGGAGGGCUGGCACAACGCAUCAGGUGUGCCUCUCAAGAAGUACUACCCAAGGUUUGUGGAGCUCAGCAACAAAGCCUCUCAAGCUGAUGGAUUUGCGGACACUGGAGCUGACUGGCGGUCUUGGUAUGAGUCUGAGACCUUUGAGCAGGAUUUAGAGAAGCUCUACAGGACCAUCGAGCCCCUCUACCAGAACCUGCAUGCCUUUGUGCGCCGCCAGCUCUACAACCAGUACGGUCCCAAGUACAUCAACCUUAAAGGACCUAUCCCUGCCCACCUACUAGGAAAUAUGUGGGCCCAGACCUGGAACAAUAUCUACGGUAUGAUGAUCCCAUUUCCUGACAAACCCAACAUGGAUGUGACGGAUGAAAUGAUCAAGCAAGGCUACAAUGCAACGCACAUGUUUCGUGUGGCCGAGGAGUUCUUUACCUCUCUGGGUUUAGAGGAGAUGCCUCGGGAGUUCUGGGAUGGAUCCAUGCUGGAGAAGCCUGAAGGUCGAGAGGUGGUGUGCCAUGCUUCUGCCUGGGACUUUUACAACCGCAAAGACUUCAGGAUUAAGCAGUGCACCACAGUGACGAUGGAGCAGCUCUUUACUGUACAUCAUGAGAUGGGCCACAUCCAGUAUUACUUGCAGUACAAGGACCAGCCUGUGGGCUUCCGCCGCGGAGCCAAUCCUGGUUUUCACGAGGCUAUAGGCGAUGUUUUGUCUCUGUCUGUUUCCACACCCAAACACCUGCAUACCAUUAAUCUGCUGGAAUCUGUGACCUCUGACAGUGAAACCGAUACCAACUACCUGUUAAAGAUGGCUCUGGAGAAGAUAGCUUUCCUUCCCUUUGGCUACCUCAUUGACCAGUGGAGAUGGGGCGUGUUCAGUGGACGCACUCCUCCAGAGAGUUACAACUCUGAGUGGUGGUAUCUCAGGACAAAAUAUCAAGGCAUCUGCCCACCCACCAGACGUACAGAGGAGCACUUCGAUCCUGGGGCAAAAUACCACAUCCCUGGAAACACGCCAUACAUCAGGUAUUUUGUCAGCUUCAUCCUGCAGUUCCAGUUUCAUGAAAAACUGUGCGAAGCAGCCAAUCACACUGGUCCUUUGCACACAUGUGACAUCUACCGCUCCGCAGAAGCAGGCGCCAUUUUAAAGAAGGUUCUCCAGGCUGGCUCUUCCAAACCUUGGCCUGAUGUGCUCCUGGAGGCUAUAGGCACCAACAAGAUGGACGCUAGCUCACUGAUGAAAUACUUUGACCCCAUUAUUAAAUGGCUAGAAAAGCAAAAUGUAAAUGAGACCUUGGGAUGGCCUGACUUCAACUGGGUCCCACCCAUCCCUGAGGGCUACCCUGAGGAUAUUGACAAGAACACAGAUGAGCUUGAUGCAAAGGCAUUUCUGGAGGAGUACAACAGGACAGCUGAGGUGGUGUGGAACACCUACACUGAGGCCUCCUGGAAAUACAACACUGACAUCAAUGAAGCAAAUAAGCAGGCAAUGCUUGAGAAGAACCUGGAGAUGUCAGCCCACACCCUGAGCUAUGGACAGAAGGCCCGUCAGUAUGACACCACUGACUUCCAGGACGCCUCAGUCAAACGCAUCAUCAAAAAACUCAGCGACAUUGAGCGGGCCGCGCUGCCCUCAGCGCAGCUGGAAGAGUACAACACUCUUCUGUCCAACAUGGAGACCAAAUACAGUGUGGCUGAGGUCUGCAGAGAUCAAGGGACAUGCCACCCCCUGGAUCCAGAUCUCCAGAAGAUCAUGGCAGAGUCCAGAGACUAUGAUGAAUUGCUGUUUGCUUGGAAGGGAUGGAGAGAUGCUGCUGGAAAAGUACUUCGUCAGGAUUACAAGAGAUAUGUUGAACUGGCCAACACAGCCGCCACACUCAAUGGUCACUCUGACAAUGGGGCUUUCUGGCGCUCUCUUUAUGAAACGCCGACCUUUGAGGAAGACCUGGAGGCUCUGUGGAAGGAGCUGGAGCCGCUCUAUCACAACGUACAUGCCUAUGUUCGCAGGGCUUUGUACAAGAAGUAUGGACCCAAGUACAUCAACCUAAAGGGACCCAUUCCUGCUCAUUUGCUAGGCAACAUGUGGGCACAGACGUGGUCUGGCAUAAUGGAUCUGGUCAUGCCCUAUCCACAUGCCACACAGGUUGACGCCACACCAGCUAUGGUGGAAAAGAAAUGGAAUUCCACCAAAAUGUUUCAGGAAUCUGACAACUUUUUCACCUCCCUCGGUUUGCUGCCAAUGCCACCAGAGUUCUGGGAAAAGUCCAUGCUGGAGAAGCCGUCUGACGGGCGCCAGGUGGUGUGCCAUGCCUCCGCUUGGGACUUCUACAACCGAAAAGACUUCAGGAUCAAACAGUGCACUGUUGUGACUAUGGAUGACCUGAUCACGGUGCACCACGAGAUGGGCCACGUCCAGUACUUCCUGCAGUACAAAGACCAGCCUGUGUCCUUCCGUGACGGAGCCAACCCUGGCUUCCAUGAGGCCAUCGGCGAUGUCUUAGCCCUUUCUGUGUCCACACCCAAACAUCUGCAGAGCAUCGGCCUCCUGGACAAAGUUGAGAACAAUCACGAGAGUGAUAUCAAUUUCCUGAUGAGCAUGGCGCUUGACAAGAUCGCCUUCCUACCUUUUGGCUACCUGAUGGACCAGUGGAGAUGGAAGGUAUUUGAUGGACGCAUCCCACCAACUGAGUACAACAAAGAGUGGUGGAACCUCAGAAUGAAGUACCAGGGACUGUGUCCACCUGUGACCCGCACUGAGGAUGACUUUGACCCAGGUGCAAAGUUCCACAUCCCUGCUAACGUGCCCUAUGUGAGGUACUUUGUGAGCUUCAUCAUCCAGUUUCAGUUCCACAAGGCUCUGUGUGAGGCUGCUAAGCAUGUUGGGCCUCUCCAUACCUGCGAUAUCUACCAAUCUAAAGAAGCUGGGAAGCUGCUGGGUGACGUGAUGAAGCUAGGCUUCAGUAAGCCGUGGCCCGAGGCUAUGACCAUGAUCACUGGCCAGCCCAGAAUGAGUGCCCAGCCACUCAUGCAGUAUUUCCAACCCCUCAUUCAGUGGCUGGAGGAAGAGAACAAAAAGAACAACGAUACUCGCGGGUGGCCUGAGUACGACUGGAAACCUUCAGCACACUCAAGUGAAAUUAAAGUGGAAAGUAGUAAAGUGGACUUCCUGGGUAUGAAUGUGGAAAGCUCAGCUGCCAUAGCUGGCCAGUGGGUCCUGCUGGUCCUUGGCCUGGUCCUCUUGGUCGCCACCAUCCUAUUGGCCUACAAGUACAGGAAGUCAAGAAAGCCUGAAAAGUCCUUAUCAACGAUGGAGCUCAAGCAAAAGGACUAGUCGUCAGUGAUGGCUAAAGGGCUAAAGAAAGGCCUGACUUACUGUACCUGGCACAGUACCAACCUCAAUGUGAACAUCUGUGUUUUUGUGUACUUUACAGUACAUCUGAUCAAAUUUGCUUUUCGUUUUGGUUUGCCUCCCUAUCUAGUCUUGUAUAUUUGUUGUAUACACUUGAAGUCAAAUUAUUUUUUUGCCUAUGCAAAAGAACAUUACUAUUUUGUAAUUUAUUUGUAAUAUUUGAAUGUUUAGGGAGAAAAUGUUUUAAAAUGAAUGUUUGUAAAGUUGUUAAUUGUGUCAGCAUUUUUGAAUAUUUGAAUUGUUUUCUGUUGAAUCCUCUGCAUUUCUACAAUAAAGACAUUAAA